AUGAGCGGGAACGGCGUCAAGAAGGUGGUGGAUUUGGCGGCGAAGGCGUCCAAGUCGGGGAUCGACUGGGACGGCAUGGCGAAGAUGCUCGUUUCAGAGGAGGCUCGGAGGGAGUUCGCCAACCUCCGCCGUGCUUUCAACGACGUCAACCAGACUCUGCAGACCAAGUACAGCCUGGUACUUAUCUCGAAAACCCUCCGAAAAUCAUGGAUGCUGGGGCUUUGCUGAAUGGGGCGUUCCGAUCUAGGGUUCAUUGUAGAUUGGCCCCCGGGUAUAAGUCAGGCGAUUUUAUUUUUAUUUUUUCCUUGACUUCAAGGGAUGACGCAGUUUCGGGCGUCUCUAGGUCCCGAAUUUCUGACGCGAAGUGGGAGAUUGUCGGGUGAGGGAAAGGGGGCGAUAACGGGAAAUUAUAUUGGAUGAGCAGAGUGUAUUUCGUCGUGAUGGGACUGACGAAGUCGCGUGCUUCAAUGGAGUUCCUAGGGUCUCGCUCUUUGAUGAAUGGAUUGUCCUUGCAUUUUGCUCAUUUACUUUGAUGUGUUUGUAGGAACCGGAGCCUAUUGACUGGGAGUACUAUAGAAAAGGAAUUGGUUCUCGCCUGGUCGAUAUGUACAAGGAGGCAUACGAGAGUAUGUUCUAUGCCUUAAAACACUAGUUCUAACUGUCAAGUUACCCGUAAACACAUCCGAUCAUUUGGAUAUGAAAAUAUAUGAUCUCUCCAUCUUGCUUUAUCAUGUUGCUUCAACUAUCAUGUUCUGGGCAGUUAAGAGUAAUGAAUCAGAAGGAUCAUUCUCCACUCACAUGAAUCUUCCACGAGAUAUAUUAUGACCAGAAGCUUUCCUUGUUAAUGACAUUAAAAUAAUAAUACGUGAUUUUCACACAUUUAACGAGGAAAAGAAAAUACAUUUUAGCUUGGUGUGGUGACUGAUGAGAAUGUUGAACUGGGACUCGGAAGUGGCGGCACCAGUAAUAUUUUUAUAGUGUGAAAGAUGAUUUCCACUCAUUUUUCAACUUAAAUGAAUAUAUGGCGUUACUAUUCGACUGAUCCUCCUGUAAUGUCUUUCAUAGUAAGGAAUGCUAUCGGAUAGACGAGAAAUUGUUGACUUAUUGAUCCCUUGAAUCGUGCUGAUGAUUAGUUCGAUUUGUGGUGUUUGCGACCCUUGAUCACUAACAUCCCACUUGCUGAAAGUUGCGGGAAUUGAAUGUAGCAACGUAAUUUUCAGCUCUUUUGCAUGGUUCCUAAUUAUAUAAUUGAAAAAUGGAAUCCUCCAUCUUGUAGUUUUUUUUUUUUAAAAGAAUUUGGCAUACACAUUGAUACCAAUUGGCAAUUACUAGGGUAAACUCGUCAGUUUUAAUUUUGUGAUCUAUCUGUCCAUGUCAACCCCUACUCUAUGUCCAAGCGAGAUCCCGUUAUCAUUCCGUCACAUGGACAAAGCGACCAAGGAUGAAACCUGGCAUGGCUGAUAACAUGUCAAAGAAUCCAUGAGCAGAGAAGGUCCAUUUCAUUUAUUUUGACCGCAUGUCUAAUUCGUUCCUCCCAACGUGUGACUUUUAUAGCCAUUUUAUUGUAGUGGAAAGGAACCUUGAAGUUGUGGUUCAUCCAUAGAGUAGAAGAUUCUCUUCUCUUGCCAAGAAAAAAAAAAAAAAAUAAAUGUCCAGGGAAAUAAAAUUCAACCGAAUAUUUGGGGUCUUCCCUUGAUUAAAGCCUUUGUAUUCAAACGAUUUCCAUCUUUGGUCCUGAAUACGCUAUCAAGGUUUUCAGAAUUCAUACAGUAAUCAGUGCUCACAUUUCAGAAGCUUCUCUUUUUAUUUAGGUUUUUUUAAUCCCAAUUUUAUUUCAGCUGUUAUCAGAUAUCUGGGUAUUAUUAAAUUUCAGCUUGAGAAUUGUUAAUUUACAUAACUUCAAUGUCAAACAGAUCGUAUUCGCAGCAUUUUGAGGCAUGUUUUUCUUCUCUUUUCACCUGGAUCAGUUUCAGACUGGAACAUAUUAUUUCCAAACAGAAAUCAGCUUUUUAUCAGUUACCCAAUUCUAAUGGCUUUCUGACUCCCCCAAUGCAGGUAUAGAGAUCCCCAAGUUUGUCGACAAGGUGACCCCCGAAUACAAGCCCAAGUUUGAUUCCCUGGUGAGGACGGAACACUACACCUCAUCAGCUGAGGCCAUUUUCGCUCUGAUUUUCCGCCUUAGGCUACUACUAUUUAUAGAAAAAAUUGCCACAGAAAGAAACCAGUUUUCUCUUUGAGAAAACCUUCAGUUAACAGCUUUCCACCCUAUAUGGGCCAUUCCUUUCUCUUCAGCUGGUGGAGCUGAAGGAGGCAGAACAGAAGUCGCUGAAGGAGUCUGAGAGGUUGGAGAAGGAAAUUGCAGAGGUUCAAGAGAUGAAGGUCUGUGGGGAGAACAUGAAAACUAGCCCUUCUCCCCAUCUUCUUGUGACUUGCUCGCUUUUAACAUAGGUUUCUUCUUCCCACAUGACAGAAAAAAAUCAGCACCAUGACAGCGGAUGAGUACUUUGAGAAGCAUCCUGAGCUCAGGAAGAAGUUUGACGAUGAGAUUAGGAAUGACUACUGGGGAUAUUGA